AUGUCGAGACCAGGGGCCACGAGUGAGGGCGACAUCGAGAAAACGGGACUCGGCUCGGCACAAGAACAGCCGACUUCGGAUGACUCUGCCACCGCAGAGACCCUCUCCGGCCAGGCUGUCGUGAUCGUCCUGCCUACCAUCGGCCGCGAAAUCGGUAUCCCGGACUCGCGCCAGCAAUGGAUCGUUUCUGCUUAUUCGCUCGCCUUCGGCUGCUUCCUGCUCCUCUGGGGUCGAAUAGCUGACCUCUAUGGCAAGCGCAAGAUUUUUGUGCUGGGCUCCGGCUGGGUGGCUAUCACCCUGGCCGUCAAUCCUGUCAUACCAAGCGAGAUCGCAUUUGACUUAUUCCGCGGGUUUCAGGGCAUCGGUGCUGCCGCCAAUGUGCCAACCGCCCUUGGGAUCCUUGGGACCACUUUCCCGCCAGGCAAGGCCAAGAACUAUGCUUUCUCUAUGUAUGCUGCUGGUGCCCCGCUUGGAAGUAUUUUUGGGAAUCUCUUGGGUGGACUGAUUGCUAGUUAUGCGCAUUGGUCCUGGGUGUUCUGGGCUCUGGCUAUCCUCGCUGGGCUGGUUACAGUCGCAGGAUACUUUGUCAUCCCCCCUCCACCAACCACACUGCACGCUCAAGGUGUCAAGGUUAAGGCAACAGUCGACUGGGUCGGCGCUGUAUUGAUUACAGUCGGUUUGAUGGUGCUGCUUUUUGCACUUACCGAGGGAAAUGUUGUUGGUUGGAAGACCCCCUGGGUGUCUGUCCUCAUCGUGGUAUCCGUCAUCAUCAUCACUGCGUUCGUCUUCUGGCAGCGCCAUCUUGAGAGAACAGGGAAACAGGCCCCUCUUAUGAAGGUCUCUAUCUUCAAGAGCGCGCGUUUCAGCACUGCCAUGGUCAUAAUGGCCCUCUUCUUUUCUGGCUUCAACUGCUUCCUUAUCUACACCACCUAUUAUUUCCAGGACUUUCAGGGCCUGAGCCCCAUCCAGACGACAUUACGAUACAUCCCCACCGGCGUUGUUGGUACACUUACGGCAGCCAUCACCGCAAGACUCAUCGCGAUCAUACCUACGCACAUGCUUCUUAUGUUCGGCAACCUCUGCAUGGCCGUCGCUUGCCUGCUUUUCGCCGUACCCAUACCGCCCACCACAACUUAUUUUGCAUACGGCUUACCAGCCAUGGUGCUCAGCGUUCUUGGAGCUGACAUAACCUGGCCAUGCAUGACGCUGUUCACAUCACACUCUCUGCCCCAAGCCGACCAGGCGAUGGGUGGUGCGCUUGUGAAUGCGGUCGGUCAGUUCGGACGAGCCAUUGGCUUGGCCAUAGCGACGGCGAUUCAGACAUCCGUCAUGGCAGAUGCCAGGGGCACGAGCGUUGAAGAUUCGGGCUCGAUGAAGACUUGGGAUCAGCCAACUCUCAAGGGCUUGCAGGCUGCGCAGUGGUUCGACUUCGCAUUAGGUGCGACCAAUUUGGUUGUGGUUGCGGUGGCUUUUCGUGGCACGGGGAUCAUCGGCAAGGCGGCUUCGAAGGAAAAGAGCGAGGCGAGCUCGCAAGGCCCUGCCCGGACCGGGGGCGAGGAAGGCAUCAUGAAUGAGGAAAAUGGCAGGCGUUGA